GUUCCGAAACACAACACUUCACUUCUUAUUUCACUGAUUUGACAAACCUAUUUUCUCAAUGUCUUCCUCCUUCUCCACGCCGUUGUCUAUUCUCAAGCGUCCGCUGAUGAAAGAAGAGCCAAGAAACUGGGCGGAGCUUCCUUCGGAGUUGAUGUCAUCGAUCCUGCUCCGUCUAAGCGUGGCUGAGAUACUGGACAACGCUCAGAAAGUGUGCAGACCAUGGCGACAGGUCUGUAAAGACCCUUUCAUGUGGCGUAAAAUCGACAUGACAAACCAUGGAAACCAUGUAAAUCUCGACUUACCUACCAUUUGCCGUCACGCCGAUGAUCCCAGCCAGGGUGGUUUGGUCGAAAUCAACACUGGGACCUUCAUCAACGAUGUUCUCCUCCGCUACAUCACCGCCGAUAGGAAGCUAAGAAACAAUGGAAAGCUCAUGUGCCGUCACGCCGUUGAUCGCAGCCAAGGUGGUUUGGUCGAAAUCUACACUGGGAACUUCGUCGACGAUGAUCUCCUCGGCUACAUCGCCCAUAGAUCAAGGAAUCUGAGAAGUCUUGGACUAGGAAUGACCUGUCAACGUAGUACGACAAGCACAGGAAUUGUGAACGCAGUGGCAAAACUUCCAUUGCUUGAAACCAUUGAGGUCUCAGCACGCUUAUGUUUAAUACUGGAUUUGAAAGCUAUAGGCCACGCUUGCCCACAGCUAAAGACAUUGAAAAUAAACAACAGAUGUUACGAGCCCGUUGGCGUGCGCGCUCUACGCCACCUCCGGAAUCUUAGUAAGAGAGUAAAUGAUUACCCAUUUCAUAUGACUUUUGUCGAUUCUGAUUGAGACGAUGACUUGAACAAUAUAUACAGCGGUAGUCGGUGACGACAUUAAUUUUCGAAUAUGAUUUCUCAAGGUGCUAUCUCGGACUAGGUAUUGAGUCUCUCUGAACACAAGUUGGUUUUGUUGGUCUUGUCAACUUAUGAACUCGAUCAUGUACCCUCUUCUCUCUAUCUUGGUAUUUGGUAUAGUUUCAAAGUCCUUAUUUCCUUUAAAGUUUUAAGAUUUGAGUGCGUAAUUAUAAGUUGUGAAAACGAUGCGAUGGUUUUUUCCUCAGUGGGUACCUUGAUGA